GUAAUUUCUCUCCCUAAUCAAAAUUAUUGGGGAGUUGGGGAGCGUCCUAAAUGAAUUCAGAUAAGGAAACCAAAAUAUCUACUGCCAACAUAAAUACAUAAGGCAGCCCUGACCAGAUUUUUUUUUUUUUUCACUCGAAACACCUACCCAUGGCUGCUGCUCUCUCCACUGCUCUCGAUGUCCAUUUUGCUAUCCCUCAAUCUGAUACUACAAGACCCAUUUUCAUCGCCAAAACAAUAAAGCAAAACCCCAGAAGAAAAUUCAUCAUUUCUUGUAACUCCUCCAAGUCUUCCUCAAAACCUCCCAAAAACCCACCAGUAUCACCCAAAAAACACCCAUCUUUAUCUGAGCAACUCCAGCCUCUUUCCACAGCCGCACUUCCCAAAAAGGACCAAGCUCGUCUCUUGUCGAAGCCAAAGUCCACAUGGGUUAAUCCCACCAAGCCUAAAAGAUCUGUGCUUUCACUACAAAGGCAAACGCGUUCUCCUUAUGCAUACAAUCCGAAAGUCAGAGAGCUGAAACUCUUUGCAAAGAAGCUGAAUGAUUGUGAAAAUAGUGAGGAUGCUUUCUUAAGUGUUCUUGAGGAAAUUCCACAGCAACUCACUAGAGAAAGUGCACUUUUGAUACUCAACAACUUGAAACCAUGGCAAAAGGCUCACCUUUUCUUCAAUUGGAUAAAGACCAAGAAUUUGUUUCCCAUGGAAACUAUAUUCUACAAUGUCACAAUGAAGUCUUUGAGGUUUGGGAGGCAGUUUGAGCUCAUUGAGGAACUUGCUAAUGAAAUGGUAAGCAAUGAGAUUCCACUUGAUAACAUUACAUAUUCAACGAUUAUUACCUGUGCCAAAAGAUGCUAUCUCUUUGAUAAGGCUGUAGAGUGGUUUGAGAGAAUGUAUAAAACUGGUUUGAUGCCUGAUGAAGUCACUUAUUCUGCUAUUUUAGAUGUUUAUGCAAAAUUGGGUAAGGUUGAGGAAGUACUUAAUUUGUACGAGAGAGGGGUAGCUAGUGGCUGGAAACCUGACACUAUUGCAUUCUCUGUAUUGGCAAAGAUGUUUGGUGAGGCUGGAGACUAUGAUGGUAUUCGGUAUGUUUUGCAAGAAAUGAAGUCUCUCGGUGUGCAGCCUAAUUUGGUUGUUUAUAAUACUUUGUUAGAGGCUAUGGGCAAGGCAGGGAAGCCUGGGUUAGCAAGAAACCUCUUUGAGGAAUUGCUUGAGUCUGGUUUAACUCCAAAUGAGAAGACUUUAACUGCCCUUGCCAAGAUAUAUGGCAAGGCAAGGUGGGCAAAAGAUGCAUUGGAAUUAUGGGAGGAAAUGAAGUCUAAAAAGUGGCCGAUGGAUUUUAUUUUGUAUAAUACUUUGUUGAACAUGUGUGCAGACAUUGGUUUAGUUGAGGAGGCAGAGAAGCUUUUUGCGGAUAUGAAGCAAUCAGAGCAUUGUAGGCCAGAUGGUUGGAGCUACACUGCAAUGCUAAAUAUAUAUGGAAGUGGGGGGAAUGUUGGUAAGGCAAUGGAGUUGUUCGAAGAGAUGUCCAAGGUUAGUGUUGAGCUCAAUGUAAUGGGAAGCACUUGUUUGAUUCAGUGCUUGGGUAAGGCCAGAAGAAUGGAUGAGUUGGUGAGGGUAUUUUCUAUCUCAGUUGAACAAGGGAUCAAGCCAGAUGAUAGACUCUGUGGAUGCCUGUUGUCUGUUGUGUCACUGUGUGAGAAGAGGGAGGAUAUGGAUAAAGUCCUCGCUUGCCUGCAGCAAGCUAAUCCUCGGUUAGUUGCAUUCGUGAAAUUGAUUGAAGAUGAGAAAAGCAGUCUUGACACUGUUAAAGAAGAGUUCAAGGGUAUCAUCAGUGACACUAAAGAUGAUGCCAGAAGACCAUUCUGUAAUUGCUUGAUCGAUAUAUGUCGAAGUAAGAAUCUCCAUGAGAGAGCACAUGAACUGCUCUAUCUGGGAACCCUAUAUGGGUUGUACCCAGGUUUACACAACAAAACUGUGAAUGAGUGGAGUCUGGAUGUCCGCUCGCUGUCUGUUGGGGCAGCACAGACUGCCCUUGAAGAGUGGAUGGGGACUUUGGCCAAAAUUGUUAAGCGUGAAGAAGCAUUGCCAGAGUUAUUUUCAGCUCAAACUGGUACUGGAACCCAUAAAUUCUCUCAAGGACUGUCCAAUGCCUUCGCUUCUCAUUUGAAGAAACUUGCAGUACCGUUCAGGCAGAGUGAGGAGAAAGCUGGUUGCUUUGUGGCAACAAGGGAGGAUUUAGUGCUGUGGCUGCAAUCGAGGAUUCCAUCACCCGUUGUUACAGCAUAAAUGGUUAAUCGUCUGUAAUCAGGACUCUUAUGCAAAAUACCCUUGUUUGUCACAUUAGUUUACAGGAUAGCUGAUUAUCAGCAAAACCAGUUGUGUUCUGCAUCUGCUUUCAAUCGAAGGAAUUCUAGAAAGGCUGGAAGAAUUGUUUGCAGGAGCAAGAAGAUGAACUCAGAAUAAGGACCCGGGAACAAAUUCCAACUAUUGUGAACCGCAUUGGUCGAAAUCCACCUCCAAAAUUACAGAUGCUCACGUUGGACGAGGAAAUGCUCAACUUCAGUAACUAUGUCUAAUAUUUGUAUCCCCCCACCAAAUUACAGACACUAAUUUCUUUUUUAGUCUUUUUGGCUCUAAAAGAGAGAGAAGAAGAAGAAGGCAUCUAGAAUUGAAAGUGCCUCCGCCUAUGCAAAAUCCUCCAAGGAAGAAAAUGUCUUUAAAGGAAAAAUAAGGAAAAUGCGAAAAAAAAUUAUCUCU